CUGUCGCUUCUCCGUCUGGGCACAUGCCCGGCACGGACCCGAGGGAGGGAGCUGAGGGUGGGGGAGGACACUGGCCUCCGCGCCCUCCGGGCAACGCGGCCGGAGGGCGGGCUGAACCUGGGUCUUGGUCCUAAAAGCUAUUCGCGGCCUCUCGGACGGAGUCCUGGGCGGCGUUUGCGCGAGCGGAGCCAGUCCCGAAGGUGGCUUUGAGCCCCUUCUCCGUCGGCGUUUUGGUUCUGAACACUGUACUAGACGAGGGUAAAGGGCACAUCGGAGCGCGGGGUCAGGUGCGGAGACCGGGACGGGGCGCCUGAGACUCAGGGAUGCCGGGAACGCGGCCCCUCGUGUUCCGCUCUUUCUUCGCGUGACGGUGCCCUGCCGGUGCGGGGAACUGAAGAACCUAAGCCUGGGCCCUGUUAACAUCCCACAGCUCCGGACACAGGCCUGGGCCUUGUUGACAUUGCGCAGGGCCGGUGUAAAGCAAUCAGCCCGGUGCCCAAGUCUCCGGCCGCAGCUCCCUUUCCUAGAAGAACGAAGUUAGCUGCUAAGGGGGACUGAGAUGCUGCAAGGUUACCCAUCUAAUUGCCUUUCUGGCACCGACAUAAGCUGCCUGCUUUAAGUUAGACGAUAUGAACCUUACUUAACAAAUCAUUAUUGUUAACUUAAACACUCUCACUAGUUAAGGUUUGAAGUAUUUUAACUGUCCCUUUGUUUUUACACCCCUGUUUAUGCAUGCGCACCCCUUCCCAACCUGAAUGUAAGUUUGUCUUUAUAAACACGGUCCGUUUCUUUGUUCGGGGCUUCACACUCAAGCCGCUUUUAGGCAGUGUGGCCUGUAAUAAAGACUCCUAAUUUGUUUCUUCUCGGUUGGAGUGGUCUCUGUUCUUUCUUGGUGCAGCAAAACCACCUCUGAGGAACGUGGGCUGGAGGACCUUCUCGCCAAGGUACCAAGGGGUUCGUGCUUUGAAGCCCUCAGGCCUGUGUGUGUCUCCUGGGACGCCCUCCCGGACCUUGGUUGUAACAGCUGUUUUCCAUCACUGCGCUUUUACAGUCAGCUCCAAUGUAACUGUCGCAGUGUAGCAUAUGCACAGAGGCGAUGAGGAGGUUUUUGUUACUCUAUGCUACACAGCAAGGACAGGCAAAGGCCAUAGCAGAAGAAAUAUGUGAAAAAGCAGAUGCACAUGGUUUUUCUGCAGACCUCCACUGUAUCAGUGAGUCGGACAAGUACGAUCUGAGGACGGAAGCGGCGCCUCUUGUGGUGGUGGUUUCCACCACGGGCAACGGAGACCCACCCGACACAGCCCGCAAGUUCGUUAAAGCCAUACAGGACAAGACGCUGCCUGGCGACCUCCUUGCUCACCUGCGGGUCCAUGCGACGCCUUCCUGUGUACUAACGGCCUGUUUGGGCUCUUUAGGUCUGGGUGACUCAGAGUACACGUACUUCUGUAAUGGGGGGAAAAUAAUCGAUAAACGACUUCAGGAGCUCGGGGCCCAGCAUUUCUAUGACACUGGCCACGCGGAUGACUGUGUUGGCUUGGAACUUGUGGUUGAGCCAUGGAUUAAUGGACUCUGGGCCGCCCUCGAAAAGCAUUUUGCGUCACGUAGAGGAAACGAGAUGAACGGCGCCGUUGCUAUGGCAUCUAACCCCUCCCUGAGUUCGGAGCCCGUCACACCGGAAGUAUCACACAUUGACUCACAGGUCGGACUUCUGAGAUUGGAUGAUUCGGGAAGACGGGAUUCUGAGGUUUCGGAGCAAAACGUCGUGAACAGAGGUCCCUCGAGUGUUUGGAUCGCAGGCUUUGAGUCCUCACUUACCCAGUCAGCACCCCCACUUUCACAAGCCUCUCUGAAUAUUCCAGCUUCACCACCAGAGUAUUUACAGGUGGAUCUGCAGGAGGCCCUGGGCCAGGAGGAGAGCCACGCACCUGUGACUUCAGUGGAUCCCGUUUUUCAUGUUCCCGUUUCAAAGGCAGUUCAGCUGACGACAAACGAUGCCGUAAAAACCACUCUUCUGAUAGAACUGGACAUUUCACAAACAGAUUUUUCCUACCAGCCUGGAGAUGCCUUCAGCGUGAUCUGUCCCAACAGUGACUCUGAGGUGGAACGCUUACUGCAAAGGCUGCAGCUCGCAGACAGGCGAGAACACCGUGUCUUCUUGAAGAUUAAGGCGGACACAAAGAAGAAAGGAGCGGCCUUGCCCCAGCACGUACCCGAGGGGCGUUCUCUCCAGUUCCUUUUCACCUGGUGCCUCGAGAUACGAGCAGUUCCUAAAAAGGCCUUCCUGCGAGCCCUGGCCGAGCACAGCAGCGACGGCGCCGAGAGGCGGAGGCUGCAGGAGCUGUGCAGCCGCCAGGGGACAGCCGACUACAACCGCCUGGUCAGAGACGCCCGGGCCUGCCUGCUCGACCUCCUCCUGGCCUUCCCGUCCUGCCAGCCUCCGCUUGGCCUCCUGCUCGAGCAUCUUCCUAAGCUCCAGCCCAGACCGUAUUCAUGUGCAAGCUCAAGUCUGUUUCACCCAGGGAAGCUUCAUUUCAUUUUUAACAUCGUGGAGUUUUCGUCUCACACCACAGCCAAGGUCCUGCGGAGAGGCGUGUGCACGGGCUGGCUGGCCACGUUGGUGGAACCAAUUCUCCAGCCAAACGCGCGUGCAGAUGGCGAGAAAGCCCCGGCGCCCAAGAUAUACAUCGCUCCUCGAACAGCAAACUCUUUCCACUUACCCGGUGAGCCCUCGGCCCCCGUCAUCAUGGUGGGUCCAGGAACUGGCAUCGCCCCCUUCAUUGGUUUCCUGCAACAUAGGGAGAAGCUCCAGGAACACCACCCGGCUGGCCACUUUGGAGCGACGUGGCUGUUUUUUGGCUGCCGACACAAGGACAGGGAUUACUUAUUCAGGGACGAGCUCAGGCAUUUCCUCAAGUGUGGAAUUCUGACUCACUUGAAAGUCUCCUGCUCGAGAGAGGCUCCUGCCGGGGAGGAGGAGGAGGCCCCCGCCAAGUACGUGCAGGACAGCAUCCAGCGGCACGGCCAGCAGGUGGCGAGGGCCCUUCUCCAGGAGCGGGGUUACGUCUACGUCUGUGGAAAAAGAAAUACUGGCGUGACUUCAGCCAGAAAAAACUGCUUUGGGCAGAAAGGGCAGAGCUGCUGGGCGUUGUUUGUCUACACUUUGGCUUCGCUCUUCACUUUGUUUGUAGAGGACAGUGUCUCAAGAGAUGCUAAGAAUAUGGCCAAGGAUGUCAAUGAUACCCUGGUGGACAUAAUAAGCAAAGAGGUUGGAGGUGGAAAACUAGAAGCAAUGAAAAUGUUGGCUACUUUAAAAGAGGAAAAACGUUAUCUUCAGGAUAUUUGGUGAUGAAAUUGGAAAGUAAAUGAAGGGAAUUUGGCUUUUGUGGCUAAAAGUACUAAAAGACUACUGAAGCUUGAGACUUUUCAAUUUUUAAAAAUUAAAAAAAAUUUACAUUUCUUAGAGGAGGUGCAGGGGAUUGAAUCAGCUAUUUAACAAAAUAGCGAAUUUUCGACUCAGUUUUCCAGCUCUCACCCCACCCCCACCCCUCUCCACAUUGCAGCCCUCCCUCCCCGCCUGCACCUCUCAGGCCACCCCCGCCUCCUGGGGAACUUUGGCAGGGACAGGCUCAGGCUGCAGGCCUCCUGCUGUGUGUGUGCGGGCUUCCCAUCCACUGGGGAGGUACGUCAUCUGGCAGCUUGUUGCCAGUAUUUUUUAAUAAUCUAAAAAUAAUGUAUAUUCUUAUAUAAAAUGUAUCAUAAGGAAUAUUCAUUAAUUUAGUGUAUUGAAAUUACCUAUGUACAGUUUAUCUGAUUACAUGUUUAUAUCAUUUUAUCAAAUGGUUAUUACCAAAACUUUCUGAUAAAAAAUAUUUUAAUAUAAUGCUUAUAAUGAUUUUUUUGAAUGCUAGAAAUGUGAAGUAUAUUUUGAAGUUCCACUCUGGCACAUGAUUUGUAUGUACCACAGUUAUUUCUUUUUAUAUCACGAUUCCAGAAUUUAGGGACAGUUUCUUAGCCACGCACACAGCAUGUGGAAGUUCCUGGGCCAGGGAUCCACCCCACGCCACAGCGGUGCCUAUGCUAGAUCCUGAAUGCGCCGAGCCACGAGGCGUUCCAGAACUUAGGGAAAUUUGCAUUCGGUUUAUAGAUGCAAAGCAAGUGUGUAUUUUAGUAAAGCUACCGUCUUUUUUUCCCUGCCUUUUCAUUUCUGCUCCUGCUGGUACAUUUUUUAGUUUUCUCGCAUGAUUUAUGUUACCUCCAUGUAUCACACAAGAUGUAACCUGGGCUUAAGAUACCUCCUUAGUAUCCUUGGAUUUUGUAUCUUCCUGCCAUUGUCCGUGUAGUUAUGUCUGUCAGAUUUGAAUGGUCACGUCCCGACCUCAGGCGUGUUGCGGGAGGCGGUGGGGCCUUGUGGGGUGCGGAGGGCAGAAGCGACGCCCUCGGGAGUGGGAUCGGUGCCGUUGCCUCGAGAGGCCCUGCAGAGCUCCCGGCCCCAUCUGCUCCGCGAGGACACGGCGAGAAGUCGGCAGUCCACGAGCGCGGAGGCCUUCCCCAGAACCCGACGACGCUGGCCCCUGGUCCGAAGGUCCAGCUUCCAGAGCUGUGAGCAGGUUCUGUUGGUCACAGGCCACCCGAUGGUACUGGGACAGCAGCGUGAAUGGCCUGAGACAAUUCCCGAUGGCACGUUCUCCCUUCACACUUGUCAGAGGAGACGACAAGGUGUAAAAGGGUAUGAAAAGUUUUCUCCUGGGCUCGAGCACAUGUGUGUAUUAGAGAUUGGCAUUUAAAAGAAAAUUCCUACCUGGCAAAGACUUCUGAUCAUUUUGAAAAAUGAAGGUCUCAAGGAAAUAAAAUGUAAUCUUAAGAUUUGGUAAGGCUUCA